AUGGAUUCAAUCCAGCGCCAGCCCUUUCAACCUCUGGAGCUGUGGCGUGACGGGACGCCCGAUUGGGCGACUUUGGAAAGAACAUCUCAUCCUUCUGCGCCAUCUUCUACGCCCCAGCCCGAUCCAGCGAUAACCCCGUCUACUCUGGCUCUGCCUCGUCCAGCGCUGCAGAAAGAUCAAAUUGAAGUUCAGACAAUUCACCCGGUCUUUCGAGACCCCUGGCAGACGAAAAGCAAAGCAACACUCGUCAAUAUCCAUCUUUUGAAGCAACAAUCCUCAUCCAUCAAGCCAUUGCUGGAAACAAUCAGCCAAUUAUCUCACCCCAGCUUUCUAGGCCUGGUAGCGUGCUAUUGUUGGGAGGAGCAGGUGUUUCUGGUCCGGGAGCCAGUAGAGCUCUCGGUGAGUCACAUCCUCGCAUCAAGGUGCACUAUCACUGAGGGUGAGAUUGCUGCAAUUGUUCGGCCGGUCCUCGAAGGAAUUCAAUAUCUGCGCUGCCAGGGGAGAGCACUUGCAGUCUUAAGUGCUGAUACCAUGUUACUCACGGAGUUCGGUGGUGUCAGGAUCGCGGGAGUGGAGCAAAUUUGCCAGAUCGAUGCAGCCGAGAUGGACGCAGCCACGAUGAAGCUGUUUGCUUUGGCGGAGGUGGUAGAGAGACUGAUCAUGAAGAAUCCUUCGCAAUACCCAUGGAGUGCCGAAGUUAAGGGUCUGCCUGACAAGCUGAAACGAUGCAAUUCACCGGAGAAGCUGCUACGCAGCAAAUUGUUCGAGCAAUCGGGGGACGAGGGCGAAUUGAAGAUGCUGGUGAACGCGGCCAACAAGACAGCUUAUCACAAUCUAGAAUCGUUCAAGCGCAUAUGA